AUGGCAUCUAAUCUUAAUAAUAAUAAUAUAAUAAAUAGAAGAAAUAGAAGAAAGAGUAAUAAACCAAAGACAUAUUCUAAUUUACAAAGUGAUGAUGAUGAUACUUUUUGGAUUAAUGUAGAUAAUGAAUAUUUUUCCAAAAUAGAUAAUAAGAUUUCUAUUAUUCCAAAUUUUCAUAUAAAAACCGCAAAGUUUAUAAUACAAGAAAUUAAUAGAUUAUAUGAAUAUGAAGAUAAUUUAACUGAGUCAUAUAAUGAAAAGGAAUAUGACAAAAAUUUAAAUGGAAGUUAUUCAAUUUCUAAUAAUUAUUCCAAAAGCACAUUUUUGUAUAUUUUAGAUGGUCUAAAUGGAUGGUUAAAUCCUAACUAUAAUGGGGAUAUUUUAAAUAAUAAUUUGAAUGAUAAUAGAUCUACUUUAUUUGAUAAUAUAGAUUAUAUGUCAUAUAGUAAUGUAUUUUAUGAUCCAUUAAAACAUUCUCAUAAAUGGUCUGGGCAACGUUUAAUACCACCAAAUUACAAAGUUCGGAAAUUAUCUUGUAUAAGACUUUCAUUAAGUAUCCCACCUUUAUUUGAACCAUCAGAUUUUCCAGUUGAAUGUUUUUAUUGUAAAAAUGUAAAGGAAUUAUUAAUUAGUUUAAUACAUGGUAUAAGUAUUAAUAAGUGUGUAAAUAAAUUAACAGAUUUUAAUGUAAAUAAAGGUGAUUUUUAUGAAUCCAAUUAUUUUGGAUUAAAAUCUGAUUCUAUUUAUAAUACAUGUAUGUUACCUGAUAUUAUAUCAGGGCCUUAUUGUGAAUGGAAAAAUAAUAUAGAUAAUAUGAAAGGAAAUGGUUUUUUUGGAUUUCCUGAAGAAUGUAAUUAUUCUAAUUUAAGAAAUUCUUUACUUGAUACGAGUGAUUUAUUUGAAUCAGGAAAUAUAGAAGAAUUUAUGAAGAAUAUAAAUAAUGCUAAGAUAAUUUUAUUAAAUAAGAUAGAAGAUAAUGAUGAAAUAUUAAAAGUGAAUAAUGAUAAUAUUGAAUAUUUAGAUAAUGGAUGUACUUUAUUAAGAGAUGUUAACAUUUCAGAUUAUAAUAUAAAAGUUAAUCAAGAUAAUAUAAAUAAUUUAUGUAAUUUAUCAAAUACAGAGAAUAUAACGUUGAAUAUAAAUGAUAAAGAGUUUAUAGAAGAGAAUAAUAAAGUAAAUUUUAAUGAUAAUUUGGUAGACAAUCAUGUAUAUGAAUAUUUUAAAGAUGAUAUUGUAAAGAAUAAUACAACUGAAUAUAAAGAUUUACAAAAAGAUUUUAAUAAGUUAUUAUUAAAUAGGAAGAAAAUAAAUAAUGAUUUAAAAGAUUUGGAUAAUAUUAAAGAUAAUUCAAGAAUAUAUAUUUCUGGAAUAGAUGAUAAUAAUAAUAAUAUAGAUUUUGUUAAUAACAAAUCUGAACCUUUAAUAAUGAAUACUUCAACUAUAAUUGGUAUAGGUUUACAGGAUAGAUCAGAUUCAAGAUAUUUUAAUAAUAUGAAUAAAAUUCCUGUUGAGAAUUUGAAACCAAUAGCAGAUUUUAGAUCUAAUGAUGAUUCAAGCAGUAUUUUUAGUUUUGAAAAAUUAUUUAAUGACAGUUUUUCGAAUUCAAAUAAUGAUUUUUUUUCUAGUGAUAUGAAAUUAUAUCCAAGAUUUGAAAAAACAUCUUCAGAAUCUUCUAAUUUAUCAUCUAUUUGUAAUUCAAAUAAUAAAUAUAUAUUUUCAGAUGAUUUAUAUUCUAAAGAUAAUAUUAUAGAAGAUAAAUUAAAUUAUUUAAGAUAUAAUAAAAUUGGAGUUACUAAUUUAAAGAGAGAAGAUAUAUUAAAUAUGAAGAAUAUACAAGAUAAUAUUAAUUUAGAUAAUAUCAGAAUUAAUGAAUCAUAUGAAUAUUUUAAUGAAAAAAUGAAUUAUAAAUUACAAUUAAAUCAGAAUAUAAAUAAGAAAGAUAGUAAUCAAUUUAUUGAAGAUAAUUUAUUUAAAUCUGAAUAUAAUUUGGAACAAUCAUCAUAUUCUUCUAAUUUAUAUUUACUUAAUAGAGAAGUUAUAUAUUUAAGAGAUAUAAUUAAUUCAUUAAUUCAUCGACUAAUAUAUAUAUUAGAUGAGAAAGUUAAAUUAUUUGAUUGUAUAUUAAAUAGAAUAGAGAAAGAAAUUAAACCAAAUUUAAAAUUUUGGAAGGAUAAGGAAUAUGAUUUGAUUAAAUUAUAUAAAAGUCAAGAAUUUAAUAAUAAAUAUAGUUAUACAUUGCAGAGGCAAAGCAUUGACUUGGAAGUAAUUAGGUUAGGUUGCCUUGACUCACAGCACUUACCUAGUGAAUGGCAAGAAAUUGCCUUAUGCUCUAUCUGUGGUAAUAAUACUGAUUGGGAUGAGGAUCCUAUCUUUUUUUGUGAUGGAUGUUAUCAACCAGCUCAUCAUUCAUGUGUAAAUCCUAGAAGAUUAAUAAUAAUAGAUAAUAUUAAUGAUAAUAAUGGUGAUAGGAAUUUAAUUGAGGAUCAAUGGUUUUGUGAUGUUUGUAUAAAUAUACAAGAACAAUUAGGUGGUCAUAUACCAUUAGCUUCAUUUGUAAUUAGGAAUAUUGCAGGGCCUAGAAAUUUAGAAUCUCAAAAUAAUGCAAUAAAAUUAAUAAAUGAAAAUAUAAAUUGGUUUAUUUCACAAUUAACACAUUAUGGUGUAUUAUCUUUAACUAAUAGAAAUCUACAUAAUAAAGACAAUCAUGAUAAUUUAAUAUUUAAAUAUUCUACAGGAGGUAUUCAUUUACCAUGGAUAGAAUAUUGGAGGAUUCCAGAAUAUAAUGAUAUUAGAUGUAAUAUAAACUCUGAAUUAAAUUUAAUAAAUAAUUCUAAUAAUGAUGUAGUCCGAAUUAUUGAUAAGAAAAGAGGAAGGCCAAGGAAAUUUUCUAGGUCUAUUUCUUUAAAUAAUGAAAAAGUUAUUAAUAAUAAUGAUAAUCAACAAUAUAAUUUUAUUGUAGUACUUAAGGAACAAGAUAAUAAAUUAGAAAAUAGUAAAUAUAAAGUAGAUAAGAAAUCAAGUUGUAAUUAUUGGACUCCUCCAUUUAAUGAUGUUCCAUACAAUUUGGCUGAUAUGAGUGUAUUUAUUAGACAAAUAUUAAAUCCAAUAAAAUGGUAUAAGGAUAUAAAGAAUUAUUAUAUGAUAAAUUUUACACCUCCACCAGAAAUAAUCUCUUUUAUAGGUGAUAAUAUUUUAUUUCCUAAUUUAGAAUUACCAGAUUUAAUAAGAAAUUUAUUAUCUAAGAAUAUUAAUGAUAUAGAUAAACUGGAUGAUUUGGAUAAUGAAGAUUAUAGAAUUCCAUCUAUAUAUUUAGAACAUAAUGAAAUAAUUAGAAAAUUAAUUAAUAAAAAUAUAAUUUUACCAUUUAAUAAUUUAGAAUUUGGAAAUGAUGUAAAGUUAGAUAAAUCAAAUAUUGAUAAAAUAAUGAUAGAUAAUAAAAUUACAGAUAAUAUUAUAGAUUCAUUAAAUAUUUCGGAUAUUUCUUCAGUAGAUGGAAUUUCUAAUUUAGAUUACAGAUCUUCUAUUAUAAAUGGAUUAAAAAUUUAUGUAAAGGUUCCAAUAUGUCAAUUAUGUGGUUUAGAUGCAUAUUUCCGCUCUGGUGGGAUAAUGAAAAAAACAUAUAAUGGGGGCUGGGCACAUAUUAGAUGUGGUCUUGCAACUAAUGCAUGUACUAAUAAUGAUGGUACUUUAUUAAAAGUUAAAUAUGAUAAUGAAAAAGUAAAGUUAAAGUGUGAUAUUUGUUUAAGAUAUGGUUAUUCUCCUGUAAAGUGUCAACAACUUAAUUGUAAUAGAUAUUAUCAUCUACCUUGUGUAUCUUCUAAUAAUAAAUUUAUGGUUGAUUGGGAAGAUGGACGUCCUAUUUUAUACUGUUCAGUACAUUCACAUGAUAUUGCUCCAACUUCUCUUUUAAGGAAAUAUCAGAUAAGAAGUUUACAGAAAGAUUUGCAAACAAUAGAAAAGUUUGAUGGAUCAUAUGAUUUACUAGAUAAUCCAUUAAAUCUUCCAUUAAGUGUAAGGGAAGUUCUACUUCCUGAUGUUAAAGAUGAUAUGAAUACUUUGGAUUUUCUAAUUAAACUUGUUAAUAGAACAGAAUUAAAUACUGAUAAUAAUAAUUUCAAUAAUAUUCAAUCUAAUAACUAUAUAAUUAAUAAAAGAUAUCCAGAUAAUAAGAAUCCUGUUUUUCAAAAAAGUAAUAUUUAUAUUAAUAAUAAUAUCCCUGAAUUUAUUUUAAGUGAAAUAGAACGAAAAGGAGAUAUCUUAAAUAGGAAUAAUGAGAUCUCUAAUUUUAAUAAUAUACCUUUGGGAUUUAUAAAUAAAAUUAAGAAGUUAGAUGAAGAUACUUUAGAUAUAAUAGAAGAUAAAACUAUAGAAAAUAAAAUACAUACAGAGAGUGUUACAUCUUUUGGAAUAGCUAAUGAAAUAUCCAUAUCUGAAUCAGCUAUAGGGUUAAUGAAAAAAUAUUUAUCAAAUAUUUCUAAUUUUGAUCAAAUUAGUGGACAAAAAGAUUAUGCAAUUAUGAAAGGAUCUACAAAGGAAUAUAAUUUAAAUGAAGAUCAAGCUAAUAAUAUGAAGAAUAUUCUUACAAUGGAUUAUUCAACUAUAAAUUUGAAUAGAAAUAGUUUAAUUACUAAAUAUAAUCAAUUUAAAGGAGAUUCUAUAAUUAAUGGCAUAUCAAUAAGUGGAGUAGAUUCUUUAAAUAAUAAUGGUAAUUUAUCUAAUUCUCAAUAUAAUAAUAUUUUAAAUAAGAAUAAUGAAACAAUAAUAUUAAAUGAUUUAAAUAUAAAAGAUAAUCAAAGUAUAAAUCAAAUAAUUACUAACAAACUUCAUAAGAAUUCUGCAUCUUCAAGCUCAUUAAACUGUAAAGACUUUAUUAACUAUAAAUAUAUGAAUAAAUAUAAUUUAAAAGAAGCAACUAAAUCUAAAGAUUUUGAUGAUAAUUUAUCAGUUAUACAACAUAAAGAGUUCAAGGAAUAUCAUAAAUUAUCUAAUAUGUUCUCAUUCUAUUUAUAUAUGCCAGAGCUAGUAAUGGCAGAGAGUCUAGGUAGUUUAUUAGCUAGAUUAACACCAAUAUGGAGUGGCAAUGAAUCAUUUUGGCAAAGAUGUCUUAUGACAUCUUCUGUAACUACAAGUUUAGGUUUAUUUCAAUAUUCAGAUUUUGAAUCUGCUAAACAGCUUAAUAACUCAAGAAUUUUAAUUGAAAGUAUCUCUAGAUUGUUUGAAUCUUUAAUUGGAAGGACUUUGGAUCCAAUUGAAAUGCGUUUAUAUCUUUGUUUAGUAAAAUCGAAAUUAGGUUCUGGUCCAUGGAUACCAAUAAAGGACUAUUGGAAAUUAUUACAAAAUAACCAUCGCUUUUUAAUAAAUAAUAUAAAUAAUGUUCCAGUAUCUAUACAAGACUUAUCUUUAACUAUUGAAGGUAAUGAAUCUUACAAGUUAGAUAAUAGUUUAUCAGCUAAUUUAAUAACAAAUUUAAACAAUGUUGAAUUACGCAAUAAACGGAAAUCCUCACAAGCAACACGCUUCAAUGAUAAUGUAAGAUAUCACUUAAAACUUUUUUGGCCGAAUAUAAUAUCUGAUUGUAAUACUAAUAGCGAUAUGGCUCCUUUAAAUUCAAUAAAUUCGGUAUCUAGCUAUUAUACUAUAAACUGGAAGAGAUGUUGUCAAUUAUGUGGUACUUUGCCAGUAAUAAAUAGUAAUAUUUCUUCAAGUAAUGAAAAUAAUUGUAAUAUUUCUGAAACAAUUCAAUUAAAAUCUUAUUUGAAAACACGAUUAUCUAGUCUUACUCAGCCUAAAAAUAAUAAUAAUGAACAAGAUCCUUCAGAAAAAUCCCCUAUGGUUUAUUCUACUUUACAUCAUUGUAUUGUUUGUAAUGCUGUUAUAUGUACAUCUUGCAAUGGAGCUUAUCAAGAAGUGAUAAUAGAUGAUAUAAAACAUAUAAAUAGAAUAAAUGAAGUUUCGAUAGAUUAUAAUACUGGAAGUGAAACUCAGAUAAGAGAUCAACUUAAUAUACAAACUCAAGUACUAACCCUAGAAAGAUCUAGUGAUAAUUUAAAUCAAACAAGUAUUAACAACUGUAUGAUAACUGAAUUAUCUACUAACUAUAAGAAUAUUGAAAAAGUAUCCAAAUCAAUAGAUAAUAUAGAUAAUAUAGAUAAUAUAGAUAAUAAACUAGUAUUAUCCAGCAUUAAUGAUGCGAAUUUGCUAAUGAACAAUUUUAUAUCAAAAAAUGGUGCAUAUAUGGAACAAAAUUCUAUAAAUAAUUGCAUUUUGUAUAAUAUAACUGCUAAUCAAAUUCCAAAUUCACCACAGAUAAAUUCUUCAUGUUCUAGUGAAUUACACAAAGACAAUACUGAAAUAAUUCAGUUAAACCUAAAUAAUAAAAAGUCUGAAUUAACAUUUGUAUAUGAUGAGAUAAAUAAUCAUAAUGUAUAUUUGAAUAAUAAUUAUUCUGAUCCAAAGGUAGGAGAAUUUUAUAAUUUGGAUAAAUUAUCCUAUUUAAACAAAAAUACAAUUAAUGUUAUAUCAGAUAUACCUUUAUUGUCUGAUGAUAGCUCAACUUGUCAAAGAUGUAAAGCUUAUCACAGUGGCAAGAUAAAAAUACCUACUCAAUGUAGAUGUUGUUUAUGUGGCAGAUUCGAUGGUAUAUUAGUAAAUAGGAAGAAGGGGACUACUAUUGAUUUUGGAGGUCUGAGGCAACGUAGAACUUUAUUAGCAGACGGUACUAUAGAAUUAGAUGAAGAUUUUAAGUUACUAGAUGACAUAUGGAUUCAUCCGAUAUGUGCAGAAUGGACUGUACCAAUACGCUUUAUUUUGGCUUCAUUAGACAAUUUAGCAAAUAUUGAGAAGCGUUAUUUUAAUAAUUCAUGCUGUUAUUGUGGAUACUCUGUUGGAGUAACAAUACACUGUGCUAAUAAUAACUGUGACAAUACAUUCCAUGUAUCCUGUGGGCGUAUGGUUGGAUGUAGAUUUGACUCUACUCGAAGUAAAUGUAGACUUGAUGCAGCAAAUAUAUAUAGACGGGUAUGGUGCCUUCAUCAUAUACCAAAUAAAUCAAGUGGUAUUGAAGUUGAUACAAAUAAACAUUUGUCUAGUAAGCUGGUGAAUAUAAAUACUCAAUAUGCAGAGAAUGAGACUUCAGUAAUAGAGGAUAAUAUAGAAGUAUCAGAAUUAGAAGUAUUUACCACUAACCAAUCUAACUCCAAUUUAAAUACAAUGAGGACUUUGUAUAAUACUGAUGACUAUAUAGUUGGUAAGAGUGAUAAAUUAAAGCCUAUAGAUUAUACAAAUUCAUUAGAUACUUCUGAUAAUGUAGAUCUUUCAAAUAAAUAUAAUACGAACAUAAAGCACCCAUUUGAUAGAAAAAAUAUAAACUUUUCUAUAAAGGAAGACGUAGCAUUACCAACAUCUGUUUGUAUUAGCAAUAAAUUUGAUGAAAGUAAAGUAAAUUUAAUUGACAAAUUUACUAUUUAUCCCAAUAAUGAUAUUAACUCAAGGUAUAAUUCUCAUAAAUUAAAUAAUACUGUAACAAGCCCUAGUUUUGAUAAUAAUAAACAUAGCAGGAUUAAUUCAUCUAUUUUAGAAAAUUCGAGCUCAUAUCAAAAUACUUCAACUAUUUCAGAUAUGGAUUGUGAUUUAAAUAAUAUUAGACUUAUAUUUUCUCAGCAGCACUCACUAUUAAGACUCUCUGCUUUCACUUACUUCGGUUUAGUCCCUAAUAUGGAAAAUUUAUGUAAUUCUAAUUUGGAAAAUGAGAAUAUGAAGUCUGAAUAUAUUAAUUGUAUUUUAGCCUUUGAAAUUGUAAUUAGAUUUUUAAAUGGCAUUGGAAUACCUAAACCAAAGCAAAUUUCAGGUUCUGGAAUUAAAAUACCUCGACGUAAAAGUGCAAAAUUCUCAAGUAUACCAAAUAAUAAUUAUUUGAAACCCACUAACUAUUUUAGAAAUAUAAAUCAAGAUCAUAUAAAACAAAAAUUAAGUAAUUAUUCUCAAAGUUUACUAGACAAUAUAGAAGGGUCCAACACUCAAUAUUUAAAUUCAAAGCCAAAAUAUUCAAUAAAUUCAAGUAAAGAUGAUAACUUCUUAACAAAAGCUGUAAAUUAUGCAGAUCAUAAUAACCACAAUAAUUUGGAAAUACCAGGUUAUUUAUCUAAUAGCUCGAAUGAAUCAUAUAAUUAUACCAAUAUAGGACCAAACUGUAAAUCUCUUAAUAAUCACCUUGUUGGACCGAAUAAUUUGAACCUUGAUUUAGAGUGUAGUGAUACUCUAAAUCAAUCUGAUAUUACUACACUUUCAUCCUGUAGAGAUAACUACAACAUACCAGCUAAUACCAAUUUAAAUGUAAAUUCUCUUAGUAAUCAGGAUUUUAUUAAUAAUUCAAGACAAGCAAAUAGUUCAACUUUAUUCAAGGAAACUAAUUCAAGUGUUAAAAUAACUGAAGAUGUCUCUCAUAAAAGAGAUCAAAUAAAUAAAGGUAACCAGGAAACAUGGAUAAAUAAAUCAGGGGAAUCUUCAAUUUACAAUGGUGAACUGAAAGCUUCUAUCGAAAAUAUUGUAAAAGAUUGUAUUCCUAAAUUUACUUAUGUAAAUAAAAAUAUUUUAAUAGAUAACGAUGAUAUAGAAUUACAAAACCAAAUUUUUGAUAGUAAAUCUACGUCUAAAUUAGAGGCUGAGGGUAAUACCUGUAUGGAUAAUAUAAAUUUAACUAAUAGUUCAAAUAAUUCACAUUUAACUGAAGAGAAAGAAUCUCAAGAUCAGAAUUCUGUAGAUUAUAUAUGUGAACCAUGCGGCCGAACAUAUUUACCUUCUUACUCAGAAGAUGAUGAUUUUAUGAAUUGGAUAUGCUGUGAUUCUUGUGAAAAUUGGUACCACUGGGUUUGUGUUGGUAUUAAUGACAUAAAUAUUCCUAAAGAAAGAGAACCUUUUUAUUGUAUGAAGUGUUUAAAGAAAGGAAUAAUAAACAGUAGAAAAGAAAUAUUCAAGUUAUCAAGUAGAUCCAAAGGCAACUCAAGAAACACAAAUAGGAAAAUCAACUUAAAGAGAUCAUCAGAUAUAGCAUCUAAUACUAUAAAUAAUAACAAAUUGAAUAAUAUAGGUCAAAAUUUAAGUGAAUAUGAGGAUAAAUUGUAUAUUAAUGAUCAUAUAAGUAAAAAGAAUAAAUUUGAGGUGCUAAGUUUUGAAAAUAUGAAAUUAAUUCCAAUGGAUAGUUCCCAGGCUAACUCUUUUAAUACACCUAACUCAUAUGAAACAAUAAAAAGAAUUAAAAAGGUCAAGAAGACAACAAGUAUAAAGAACCAGAAAGACAAAUUUGACAUUUCAGAUGAAAAAUUAUAUAUCAAGUUCAACAAUACUAAUAAGAAAAAUAACAAUUCGAGUCAUCUCUGUAGAGAAAAUACUCAAGCACUUAAUAUAACACAAGAAACAACAAUAACUGAGGAGGAAAAUAUAGAGAAAUCAGAUGAAGUGUCGGAUGAACUUAUCAAUUCAGAUCUCAAAUUGGGGGAUAAUGGAACUAGUCAAAGAGUGUCAAAUAAGAUUAUUGAGGAAACUAAUACAGAUGAAAUUGGAGAUCUUCACUCUUCUAGUGCUAAUUGUACUCCAAUCCCUGAAUAUAGGGAAUCAGUAUAUUCAGAUUCUAUUGAACCAAAAUUAAGCAAUACUAGAUAUGUUAGACGUACACCUAGGAUAAAGGAGAAGACAAGUAAAUUAGGAAAGUAA